AUGGAAGAGAUUCUUAAGAAUGCUCAUACUUACGAUGUUGAGGAUGUACUAAAAUUUUUGGAUGUUCAGAAAGAUAAGGGUUUAAAAAAUGAUGAGUUGAAUGAUAGAAGAUUAAAAUAUGGUUUGAAUGAAUUAGAAGUAGAAAAGAAGAAAAGUAUUUUUGAAUUAAUAUUAAAUCAGUUUGAUGAUUUAUUAGUAAAGAUAUUAUUAUUAGCUGCAUUUAUUAGUUUCGUUUUAACAUUAUUAGAUAUGAAACACAAGAAAAUAGAAAUAUGUGAUUUCAUUGAACCAUUAGUUAUAGUAUUAAUAUUAAUAUUAAAUGCUGCAGUAGGUGUAUGGCAAGAAUGUAAUGCUGAAAAAUCUUUAGAAGCUUUAAAAGAAUUACAACCAACUAGAGCUAAAGUAUUAAGAGAUGGAAAAUGGGAGAUUAUUGAUAGUAAAUAUUUAUAUGUUGGUGAUAUUAUUGAAUUAAGUGUUGGUAAUAAAACUCCUGCUGAUGCUAGAAUAAUAAAAAUAUAUUCUACAAGUUUAAAAGUUGAACAAAGUAUGUUAACAGGAGAAUCUUGUUCUGUUGAUAAAUAUUCAGAAAAAAUGGAAGAUAGUUAUAAAAAUUGUGAAAUACAAUUGAAAAAAAAUAUUUUAUUUUCAUCUACAGCUAUAGUAUGUGGUAGAUGUAUAGCUGUUGUUAUUAAUAUAGGUAUGAAAACAGAAAUAGGUCAUAUUCAACAUGCUGUUAUUGAAUCUAAUAGUGAAGAUACUCAAACACCUUUACAAAUAAAAAUAGAUUUAUUUGGUGAACAAUUAUCAAAAAUUAUUUUUAUAAUAUGUGUAACUGUAUGGAUUAUUAAUUUUAAACAUUUCUCAGAUCCAGUUCAUGGUUCCUUUUUAUAUGGUUGUUUAUAUUAUUUUAAAAUCAGUGUUGCUUUAGCUGUUGCUGCAAUACCUGAAGGAUUACCAGCAGUUAUAACAACUUGUUUGGCCUUAGGAACUAGAAGAAUGGUAAAAAAAAAUGCUAUUGUAAGAAAAUUACAAAGUGUUGAGACCUUAGGAUGUACUACAGUUAUAUGUUCUGAUAAAACGGGUACACUAACAACAAAUCAAAUGACAACCACCGUGUUUCAUUUAUUUAGAGAAUCUGAUUCUUUAACUGAAUAUCAACUAUGUCAAAAGGGUGAUACCUAUUACUUUUAUGAAUGCUCAAACUUGACAAAUGAUAUAUAUGCAGGUGAAUCUUCUUUUUUUAAUAAAUUAAAAGAAGAAGGAAAUACUGAAGCUUUAACAGAUGAUGGAGAAGGAGGGCUACUUGAUGAUAAUGAUCCAUAUAAUGAUUACUAUUCUAGUGAUAGUAAGAAAAUGAAACAUGAUUUAAAUAAUACAAAUAAUACUAGUAGAGGUGUUAAUAAUAUGAACAUACCUUUAAAAGAAAUGAAAACAAAUGAAAAUACAAUUAUAAGUAGAGGUAGUAAAAUAUUAGAAGAUAAAAUUAAUAAAUAUUGUUAUUCAGAAUAUGAUUAUAAUUUUUAUAUGUGUUUAGUAAAUUGUAAUGAGGCAAAUAUUUUCUGUAAUAAUAAUAGUGAGGUGGUAAAAAAAUUUGGAGAUAGUACUGAAUUAGCUCUAUUACAUUUUGUUCAUAAUUUUGAUAUAUUACCUACAUGUUCUAAAAAUAAUAAAAUGGUAGCAGAAUAUGAAAAAACAUCAACAGCAACAACAACACAAUCAUCAAAUAAGAAGGAAAGAACAGUUAGAGGUAUCAACAAAUUCUUUAGUUCAAAAAAUGAUAACAGUCAUGUUAAUAAUACAUUGAAUGAAAAUGAUAAGAAUAGUUCAAAUUAUAAUAAUGGAAAUAUUAUAAACAAUUCAAAUUAUAGUAUUGCACAUGGUGCGACAAAUGGAUAUGAAGCUAUAGGAGAUAAUACAUUUGAGCAUGGUUCAACAUUUGAAAAUUGUUUUCAAUCAAAAGGUGCUAAUAAUAAAUUAAAAGAUACUACAUCACCACAUAAUAAUAAUAAAAACAAUAAUAACAAUAAUAACAAUAAUAACAAUAAUGAUGAUAGUGUUCCUAGUGAAUGUAUUUCGUCGUGGAGAAAUGAAUGUAAACAAAUAAAAAUUAUAGAAUUUACUAGAGAAAGAAAACUUAUGAGUGUUAUUGUUGAAAAUAAAAAAAAAGAACUAAUAUUAUAUUGUAAAGGUGCACCUGAAAAUAUAAUAAAGAAUUGUAAAUAUUAUUUAAUGAAAAAUGAUAUACGUCCAUUAAAUGAAACUUUAAAAAAUGAAAUUAAUAAUAAGAUUCAAAAUAUGGGUAAAAGAGCAUUAAGAACACUUAGCUUUGCAUAUAAAAAAUUAAGUAGUAAAGAUUUAAAUAUUAAAAAUACAGAUGAUUAUUAUAAGUUAGAACAUGAUUUAAUUUAUUUAGGUGGAUUAGGUAUUAUUGAUCCACCACGUAAAUAUGUAGGAAAAGCAAUCAAAUUAUGUCAUAUGGCUGGUAUACGUGUUUUUAUGAUUACUGGUGAUAAUAUUAAUACAGCUAGAGCUAUAGCUAAAGAAAUUAAUAUAUUAAAGAAAAAUGAAGGAGAUGAUGAUGGAAAUAAUAAAAAUACACAAAUAUGUUGUUAUAAUGGAAGAGAAUUUGAAGAUUUCUCAUUAGAAAAACAAAAACAUAUUUUAAAAAAUACACCAAGAAUUGUCUUUUGUAGAACUGAACCCAAACAUAAAAAACAAAUAGUAAAAGUAUUAAAAGAUUUAGGAGAAACAGUUGCUAUGACAGGUGAUGGUGUUAAUGAUGCACCAGCAUUGAAAUCAGCAGACAUAGGAAUAGCUAUGGGUAUUAAUGGAACAGAGGUAGCUAAAGAAGCAUCAGAUAUUGUCUUAGCAGAUGAUAAUUUUAAUACUAUAGUUGAAGCAAUUAAAGAAGGAAGAUGUAUAUAUAAUAAUAUGAAAGCAUUCAUACGUUAUUUAAUUAGUAGUAAUAUUGGAGAAGUUGCAUCUAUUUUUAUAACAGCCUUAUUGGGUAUUCCAGACAGUUUAGCUCCUGUUCAAUUAUUGUGGGUCAAUUUGGUAACUGACGGAUUACCAGCAACAGCAUUAGGUUUCAAUCCACCAGAACAUGACGUUAUGAAGUGCAGGCCAAGACACAAAAACGACAAUUUAAUAAACGGUCUAACCUUAUUAAGAUAUAUAAUUAUUGGAACAUAUGUAGGAAUAGCUACAGUUUCAAUAUUUGUCUACUGGUUUUUAUUUUAUCCAGAUUCAGAUAUGCACACUUUGAUAAAUUUUUAUCAGUUAUCACAUUAUAAUCAAUGUAAGGCAUGGACUAACUUUCGUGUAAAUAAGGUUUAUGAUAUGUCUGAGGACCAUUGUUCAUAUUUUUCAGCAGGAAAAAUUAAGGCGAGCACGUUAUCUUUAUCCGUUUUAGUUUUAAUAGAAAUGUUUAAUGCUUUGAAUGCCUUGAGUGAAUAUAAUUCUUUAUUUGAAAUACCACCAUGGAGAAAUAUGUACCUAGUAUUAGCUACAAUAGGUUCCUUACUUUUACAUGUCUUCAUACUUUAUAUUCCACCCUUAGCUCGUAUUUUUGGCGUUGUUCCAUUAAGUGCAUAUGACUGGUUCCUGGUAUUCUUAUGGUCCUUCCCAGUCAUUAUUCUUGACGAAAUUAUUAAAUUCUAUGCAAAGAGAAAAUUAAAGGAAGAGCAGAGAACCAAGAAAAUUAAAAUUGAUUAA